AUGAGUGCGUUGAUUGAUCGACUUAUAGAUUUGGGACAGUGGGCUUCUGCAAUAUCCAUAAGUAGUUAUAUGAAGGUGCCUUCGAAAAAUGGAGUUCAUCGGAUAUUGGCUCAUUGGGCGCUAAAAAAGAUCGAGAUGGUAAAAGCGGCAAAAGAAAUUGGGAAAACACCCGAUUUUAAAGCUUUAUCAGAAACAAUUGUCGGAAAAUUUACGAAUUAUCCAGAAGUUAGCUUUGCAGAUGUUGCAAUGAAAGCUGCUGCUGCCAAUUUAAACGAAUUAGCUGAACUUUUGCUGGAUAGAGAAACAUGCCUUAACAGACAAGUCGAAAUGCUUAUGAAGUUGAAUAAAGUUGAUCGAGCCUUAGCAAAGGCUGCAAAAAGUCAACAACCAGAUCUUUUGCACUAUGUUUUAACAUAUUUGAAAAGAACGCAGAAGAAGGAAGUCAUUGAUCACCUUGUGUUAAAAUUACCGCAAGCUCUUUGUCUGUACCAGGAUUACUUAAAGGAGGAAGCACCUCGUCAUCUUCUGGCGUUGUAUGUGCAGAAAGACGACUUUGCUCGUCAAUCGUUGUACUAUUUGAAAGAAUCUGAAGCUACACCAUGGAAUCCUUUCGAUAAUAAGGAUAAGAUAGAGGGACUGUUGAAAGCAGAAAUGAGCUUGAAUAAGUUGAAAGAACAUACAACUGCUCAGUUGGCUACUGAAACAGCGGAAUUAUUUAGUAUAUGCGAAACUUUGGACGGAAAACCUGGUUUUAAUGAUAUUGACAGGGCAAGUGUUAGAUGCGUUUACAUGUGGGCUGUGGGACAUCGAGAAGAUAGUUUGGCGGAACUACUUAGAAAGAAAUUUAAAUUAACUGAGAAAGCAUCAUACAUGUGGAAGAUUGAAAGCUAUGCUCGUAAUAAAUUAUGGCAUCACCUUGAAAGCUUAUUCAGAUCCAAAAAGAUUCUUACAAGUUUCAUGCCAUUUAUCGAAGCUUGUGCACGUUAUGGUAAUGAAUCCUUGUGCAGAUCAUUCAUUGAGAAACUUACAAAUCCCGUAGAAAUAGUGGACAGUCUGCUCUUGUUGGAAAUUAAAUCAUGCAUUGUUGUGGCACUGCUUUUUGCUAUUGAAAGUAGUUGUUACAGAAAACCAGUUGAAGCUGCAAAUUAUGCUGCUGAAAAGAAAUUAUUUGUCGUGCUAGAAAAAAUUCAUGCUCGAUAUCGGGGAAACAAAGAUGUUGCUCCGUAUUUCUCGGAGGAUAUGAGGAUAGAGGAAACAUCAGUUAAUAUGUUACUGGAAGCUAAAAGCACAGCUAUUUCCCGGUUACGUGAAAGAAGGCGGGAACGUAUUUUGCGAAACUCAGAUCAGCGCAUUAGAAGGAUUCUGAGUGGACCAAAUGGAACGGAGGUACGAAACGCACCUGCUUUGGAAGGUGGAGAAGGUUUCAAAGAUUUGUUUCACGUUUAUAUUCUAAUUUCAUAUUUCAUUGCAUCGUUGGAUGAUUUCAUGAAUGAAAAUAGUGGCGAACAUAUGGCAACCAAUAAGUCGAUGUUGUCAUCUUCGUUAUCGUAUAUAUCAGUGAGUCGUUUAUGGAAAGCUUUACUUGUUGGAUUGAUUAUGCGAUUGGCAGUUUCCUUUUUGUUGAUACAGAAUAUUAUUUGGCCUUGGAUUAUUCUUUACAUAAUGUCUGCAUGUAAAAGGGUUUUCCAGUUUUCAUCGCUGUGGAAUGCUGAUGGUCACUUUUUUCGUUCAAGACUACAUUUGGGAUUGAAUAUUGAUCUUUUAUCACGUGCGGGUUUGUCAUAA